AUGGUAUGGGAUAGAUUGCGCAAGUAUUGUCUUGAAUUAAAUAUUUUUUCAACUGAUUCAGACAAUGCACAGGUCAUUCUUCAACAACGGUGGUCAACUCGUGUCUAUAUCGUGAUGCUUUCUAUCAUUUUGAUUGUUGUUGCUAUUAUUGCUGGAUUCAAUCUUCGAUCAAUAAAUGAAAUCGUUUAUUCACCUUCAAAGUCUCAGUUUAUCAAAAUGAUUGAAAGAUAUCCAAAUACACUCAGAUGCCCAUGUUCCAGGAUUGGUAUUGCUUAUGAAACAUUUGUACGUACUCAUGUUAAUUUUCAUCAAGUAUGUUUAAGUACAUUUGUAACACAAACAUGGAUAAAUUCAUUAUUUUUACAAAGCAAUAACUCAUCUUCAGCUUCAUAUGAUAUUCGAUAUUAUCUUAGAUAUUUUUGGGAAGUUAUAGCUGGCUUUUGUUUUUUGAGCAAUAGUACAUGGAUAGAUGCUGUGACAAGUUUUGGUGCGCUACGCAUUGUUAGUCCAAUAGCUGUUGUUGGAGAAAAUCUUCGAAGUCAAGCUCAAGCGGCACUUGAUAAUUCUAUGUUAAUGGCUCAAAGUGUACUAGUUCGUAAUUUAAUUGCUCUUCGAGGUAUAAUUGCUGGAAAUCAGUUCGUAUCUGGUUUGACAACAAAUUUUUACGCAAGUUAUCCAUCAUCAAGUUUCAGUAAUGAAGGCACUCUAAAAAUGUUACCAAGAACAUACAAUAAUUGCUCUUGCUUGAAUUUUUUUGGUUGUCCACAUCCAAUUAUCGUCACUACUAGUACUCAUCAAUUGAUUACAAUACCUGGUAUGAUUGGCGACUGUUUUAUUGUUGAUGCUACACUAGCCUCAACACUUGAAUGCUACUAUAAUUCAACAUGUUUUGCUCUAUUGCAUAGAGAAUCAAUGAAGAUGGCACGUGAUCAUACGCGAAAUUUUCUAAGUAAAAUUGUUCGAAAAAUGAUCGCGUUGAAUCUUUUCAAAACAAAUGGUUUGCAAACACCAACGAAUGUACGUCGACAACAAAUUUUAACACGAUUCUUCAUUCUGAUACUUGUUUCGUGCUCAAUUACUGUUGGAUUAUAUAUAUUUCUCUCUGACCAAGACCAACUUGUCACUAUUGAAUAUCCAUCUCUCGUUAAAUAUGAGUCAUUAUAUGAACAACAUUCAUCAACUCUUUUAUGUCCUUGCUCACAAAUAUCUGUUCCAUACGAUAGAUUUCUUAAUGUAACAUUUGUAUUACAUCAAAUAUGUACAAGUAGUUUAGUUUCAUCAAUGUGGCUUGAUUAUCUGGUACUUGUUAAUCUAAAUCGUAUACCGAUAUGGACAGAAACCGACUACUCGCGUGAUUUCCGUACUUAUGGUGCAUCGUAUUUUAAAUUUUUGGCUACGUAUUGCCAUCUUGCUCAAAUCAAUAUUGAAGAUGCAAAGCAUAUGUUCUUAUCUACACAAUUCAUUAAUAAUUAUCUACCGUCUCAAUUAUUUUUUCUUCAACAAGUUCAACAUAUUUCUGAAUCAUUCAUCGCUAAAACACGUCAUGAAUUUUCACGCACAUUAAACUGGACUCAGACUGCUACCAUGAUUAGUCAAUUUUUGACAGGUGCAAAUACUAAUUUUCGCAUAACAGUCAAUAAUGAUGGUCGAGUUAUAAUUAAUGAUGUCACGUUUAGGAUAGUAACACAAAUAACUCAUAACUCUUUAUCGAGUACUGGAAGAUGCUCAUGUGGAUUCGACGGCAGAAGAUUAUGUCGCUUAGCAGAAGAUAGUAUUACCAAUGAUAUUCAAGCAUUUCUAGCUUCAACUAUGCUGGUAUAUCAGUUAAUACCACGUACUCAAUUCGAUAGCGAAAUGAAUGUCACAUUGAAUCGAGUGAAACUAGCAACACCUGUCGCAUUCACUCGAAUAUUGGACCUACUUCGUUUAACUAUUCAUGGUAAUGCAUUGAUCGAUGUAUUUUCAUUGAGUUGGAACAUGGUCAUGGCUGAAAAUAGUCAAGAUACGAAUGUUUCAUUUGUUAGUAUAUCUACAAAUCAAUAUACAAAAUGUUCUUGUAUCACUGAACGAUCUUGUUCGAUGGCAGCUCAAUUAUUUCUUCCUAAUGAUACAAGCUACUACACAUUUCAAGACGAUCAAACAUUAGAACGUGACUAUGGUUUACAAGAACAUUCAACUGGUCUUCCACCAGCUAUUAUUGCUAUUAUUGUCAUUAGUGCGAUUCUUUGUUUCGCUGCAUGUUUAAGUUGUUGCAUACGUUCUCAACAACAUCAACGUGCUUCUGUUGAUUACGUUAAUUCGGAUCAUGCAACUAUUGCUAAUCCCUAUCAACUACAAGAUGUUCGAAGUCCAGCACGAAUCGUACUUGUGCGACCUAUUAAUAAUGUUGGUGCUGCACCGCACUCUCAAGUACUUCCUAGUAUAUACGAAGGCCCACCUCCAUCUUAUGACGCAGCAACUGGCAGUCUUUCAUCAAUACACCACCCAUCACUACCUCCACCGUUCACAGCACGUGUUCAAUAA